UUUGCCCACCAUCUUCAUUUCCCAAAAUUUACCUUUACCGGUACAAUAAUUCAAAUAAUUUGGAAACUUUCGGGGACACCUGGACCACCUGGAAUACCUUGUCAUUGUCAUCAUUUCUCUGCCACAAUCUAUCAUUCAUCUUCUGUGACAAAGAUCUGCCCGCCAGAAACUAUAAGAGCUCCUCUUGCUAGAAUAUUUUCCCAACUUUGUCUGUCAAGUUGUCAACUUUCCUGCAGGAUUCUAUCAGGAAAACCAGGCACAAUCGGAUCAAAUUCUGUUAUUGGAAGAUUCCCGUCGUUGUAUGCACACGACAAGCACAAUCAUUGGAUCAUUAUAUUUAAGUAGGGCUACAGAUCAAGGUGACAUCUGUCUUCCUUGCUAUUCAGAUCCCAUUUUCCUGGAAUUUGUAGGCAAUUAUCUAGAAGUUAAUCACCUUCAUAGCCGAUUCCGUUCUCUUUCGGUACUUCCCUCAAUAUAGGAUUCAUGCACGCAUGAAUAAUUAUAUCACUUUCCCUGCGACGAUUAAAAGAGACUGCAGAGGGUAAUUUGGGAGGGGAAUUUAAUACAUUGGUCAAAAGACGUCAUAGCAGUGAGCUUAAGCGCUUUUUAGGCUCAAUAUACUUCUCAAAACAGCAUUCUCAUUGUUGAGCAGAAGCUGGGAUAUCGAGAGUCACACGCAGACAAAACAGGGGGUGUCCAACGCGACAUUGCGAGCCUACCAGGACAAAGAUAUAAUCCGAACUUCUGAUAAAUUUAAGCUGGGCGCGCUUCCAAGCACGCGCCGGCGCCGUUUUCGCCGAUGUGGUUAUUCCGAGCUCUUUCCUCCGCGACCUUUCUCCUAUCAAUAAUCCUCUCCAUACCUAUAGCCUUCGAUGUUGGAGGUCGAGAAUGCGGCCUGGCAUUCUCACUCGCCCUUUUCGAGUUUUACUUGUUCUAUUCGACGCUGAAAUUAACAACACCUGAAAAUUCAAGGAUACGAUGGGCAUUAAUACAGAUAAUUGGAUGGUCGCAGUGGAUAAUACUGCCUACAUUGUUAAUAUGGAGCAUGAAUCGAUUUGCCGUGGACGCUGACAGUGAUGGGGGCUGGGUCAGUAGGACCUUUGAUGGCAAGCGUGCGAAAGAUAAGGAAUUGAGAGAAUGGGUGUUUGGCUAUGGAGGUCUUCUUGAGAUGUUGACAGUUGGAACAUGGGAUAAAGUGCUGAGAUAUUCAACACCAUUGUAAGUAGAUGGUCAUCCUUUAUGUAGUGGCUUCCCGGGCACUGAAAACUCUCCUUGCUAGUUAAGGAGCCUCUACAUGCAAGACAAUCAUCCCCAUUAUCUUCCUCAAGACUAACAGUGUAAUAGAUUUCAAAUGGCAGAAGGUUUUUGCUCUCUUUUGGUCAUCCAGGCAGCGGGUCAAAUCACAAGAUACCUCGUAAAUCGCAGAAGUGAUACAUGGAUGGUAUGUUCUGAAGCUCUCUGUUGUAUAUUUAAGCUCACCAAUACAUUAGAUUGGGCUACUUGUGCUAUCAGCAUCAAUUAUUUCAAGCGCUGUCUAUUUCUUGCUCCGCAUUACCGGAUUUCCACAGAUCAGCAACGUUGAUGCUACACUUAUAGGCAUUACUAUGACUUGUGCAGUCUUUCUGUGUGCAUGGGGUAUCGGAAGUGGUAGAGGAAAUCCAGUGGAAAGCUCGCUACUGUUCGCUUAUUGCACACUUUGCAUAUACCAAAUAUUCACAGACUACCUUCCAUCGGUCACGGAUGAGAUCCCUCAAGCGCCGGUACAACCCGACUUUCCACCAUUUCCUCCUAUUAUCAUGGCUUCGUACUCGACUCUUUUACAUGUUUUGUCAACAUUGCCAUCUUUUGUACAUUCGAGCUUCUACUUCCUUUACGCAGCCUUUCAGACCAUCACUCCAUCUAUUCUUAUAUCUCUCGCUUUCCGGGUAUUUGUAUUCUAUGCGGCGACCCGGAUUAUACCAGCAAUCCGUGAGUCCGGUGCUGGAGCUCUAUCUCAUGAUCCAGGUCUUGACGACAAUGACGGAGAGGGCAAAAUCUUAGGGCUACUAAGCUGGUUUAGUCCCUCAAUUUUGAUAGCCGUUUAUACUAGCUUGCUAAUGCAACAUUUUUCUACUGUAACUUCCGAGGGAAAUUUGGGCGAAUGGUGGAUGAUGCAAGGUGGUAAUACUGGUGGCAACAUCUGGCGAUGGAUCAAUGUGUCAGCAACCAUGGCUCUUUAUGCAUUGGAGCUCUACUUGGCCAAGGAAGAUAUGGACGGAUCCCUUACUGGGCAUUGGAAAAUUGAUUGAAGAAUUACUGGAGAAGGCAAUGAGAUAGCAUAUUUCAUGUGUCGGGGCUGGGUACCCGGUCAAUCAUGCGACGGUGCGACGUCGUAGGGGCCAAUAGCAAGAUGUAAGACAUCUAGAACGGCGGAGGCGGCAAGUGAGGACUCCCCGAAUCUAUCGAAGAAUGACUCGAAUCAAGCGUCUGAGGGUGGGGGGAAUAUAAUUGCGAUCCGAGUUUAGCAUAGCGUGGCGUUUACAAUGGGCAGAUCUAUCGUGGGCCCUGAAAUAUGGAGUGGAGUGAGUGCAGCUUAUGCAGCUCCCGGUGGUGUCACUGAUGCAUCGGACUUGGAGCGGAGCAUAACGUAUUACUUAGGGAUAGCCUUCUGAGAGCAAAAAUGAUCUUAUCACCAAGUCCUUUCUUUCUUCCGGAUAAGAAUGACAACACAUGAAUAUGAUAUUCAUGUCGAAAUACCCAAUUUGACAUGUUUUAUACU